GGGGAUAUUUGACGGAGCGUCCGUAUUUCCAUCAGUCGCAUGCUCGAAACGGUCCAGAUCUCGUGACGCGCUGAGUAUACGAUUAACCGUUGCAUUCAGUAAACCGUAAUUUUAUUCUUCCGUUCCAAAAUUGUAUGCCUGUGUUUUAUCGUAAGUCAGUUCACCAAUUCGGUAACCCCUUUAAAGUCAAGUCAAGAAUAAUCAACAUGGACAGAAGUGUUGCUCCUGAACCUGGUCCUCCAAUAAUUUUAAGAGUCUUGGGACCAGAUGGAAGUUGUAUUCGAAUUAAAAUGAAAAUGUUAGCUCCAUUCCAAAAAUUAAUGAAAAUUUACUGCAAGAGAACUGGAUUCAUUUUGGAAGCAUUAAGGUUUCGAUUUGAUGGAAAUGUAAUUUUCGAAUCCUAUACCCCAUAUUCAAUGAAUCUUUCUGAUGGGGAUACAAUAGAGGUCUUCCAGUCAAUGGUAGGAGGGACCAUUUUUUUGAACCGUUAGAAUAAGUAUUUAUUUUUUUUAUAAAAUAAAAGAUUAUAUUUUAUUUAUAAAUCACAUAAUAUGUAAAUCAUCUUAAUGCCAUACAAUGUCUAUCAUCUACAAAACUGACUUUAUAAAUUAAUUGUUUAUAAAUAAUUUAAAUUUAUAAUCAACGACAACUAGAGCGAUUUCAAGAAUAAACUGCAUCAGCCAGAUAAAUGUAAGAUGUAUAGAACAGAUUCAAAAUAUUUAAUGAAUA